AUGACGCACUUUGACAUCACCAUCAUCUCUGACACGGUAUGUCCCUUCUGUCACCUCGGCAAGAUGCGCCUGGACCGCGCCAUCAGCCUGUACCGCAAGACGGUCCCCGGGGGCUCGUCCUCGACCUUUACCAUCCGCUGGCACGCGUACCUGCUGGACCGCAACCCGCCGGCCAAGUCCAUGUCGGUCCUGGACGCGGCGGCGGGCCGGUUCGGCGCGCACCGUCUGCCGGCCAAGCAGGCGCGCAUGGCGCAGCUCGGCGCGCAGGAGGGGCUUGACUAUACGUUUGCGGGCCGCAUCGGCGCGUCGCGCGAUUCGCAUCGGAUGGUACAGCUGGGGGUGACCAAGGGGCUGGACGUAGCGGACCGGCUCAUGGGCGCCAUCAUGGGCAUGUUUUUCGAGGAGGGGGCCGACAUUACGAGCUGGGAUGACCUUGAGACUGCGGCGGCGAGGGUGGGCAUCGACCGUGACGAGGCGAGGAGGUGGCUCGAGGAUGGCGAGGGCGGUGAGCAGGUUGACCGGGAGGUGGCCGAGGCGUAUCGCAUGGGCUUGAACGGCGUGCCCAAGUUCAUCAUCAACGGCGCGUACGAGGUGGACGGGGCUGAGGAUGUGUCUGGCUUUCUGGCGCAGCUCGUGGCGGCCAAGGAUGCGGCAGAGGACGGCGUCGCCGCGAAAGAGAGACGCAUACGUGCCGUAUGCGGUGCAGAGAGCGGCUGCGUCUUCUGA